CCUUUGCUGACGACACAGGCGCCAUUGUUGAACCCACAGUCCAGCAACUGCGGUUCCUCCAAGAGGAUUUGGCAGUCUUUUGCAGAUACUCAGGGGCCCGGGUAAACUGGGAAAAGUCCCGGGCAAUCCUGCCCCUGGGCAUGGACCCCCUUGAUGGAUGGGAUAUCCCCACUGUGGGGGAGGAACAGCUGCAUUUUUUAGGGGCUAACCKWACCCCGAGCUGGGGGGGCGUUGAACAGAUGGCUAUGCAAGUCGUGGCCGCGACCGCCAAGCUGAAUGCAUGGAGUGCAACUGUGCAUAUUGGAGUGUUCGGCAAAGCAAUAGUAAUCAAGAAUUCCAUGUUGGCUACCUUAUGGUACGCUGGUGCAAUCCACCUGCCAGGCAGACGAACGUUCGCCUACCUACUGCAUGCCAUACAGGCAUACCUCUGGUCAAACAACGCCGAAGCCCAAGACUCCAUUUGCAGAGUAGGGUGGAGGAAGCUGAUUCAGCCACGGUGUGAAGGCGGGUUGGGUCUUCUAGAGCCGCGACUGCAAAUGAUGGCUCUGCAAAUGCGCAACCUCCUGUGGUUCUUACUCAGGACGGGUGGAACCUCCUGGCACGCUCUUACCACCCAUCACUUGGCAUAUACACUACGUCUGCCGCGCGCGUUGGUCGAAGUGAGCCUUGCCAGCAGCGGCCUCAUUGGGCACGUGAGGCGGGGCACAGUCUGGUCUGCCCCGCUGGGAAUGUGGAAGAAGAUUAAUUUGCUCAAUACAGAGCCGGACACAGCGGAUGUAGUCUACAACCAGCUCCUGUUCGAUAACCGCUUCAUCUGCGAUGCAUCCGGGGAUGCUUUUCCAUGGCAAGGGAAGCUGGGCGCGUUUGGGCAGCAAUGGGCGGAGUUAGGAGUGUUCAAGAUUGGCCAUCUCUGGGACGAAGUUGGUGGCGACUGGAAAACGGAGGCAGAAAUGGCCACACACCUCCCGCACCAAGUGCAACGGAGCCAACGGUUGACGGACCUCAAGGAGGCCAUCCCGACCCAAUGGAUAGACCUCCUAAGGAAGGAUAGCCUCCGSAGGGGAGAAUGGGUCAAGCAUAAAGGCGAGGAGUGCCCGACUCUGAUCUACCGGGUCGAAGAAGAUCGCGGCCAGCUGCURGGCGUCACUACCUGGAAAGUUGCUACAGGUCACUACGGCCUGGGUAGCCCGGUAACCCAGUGUGGUACGGGCGGAACUCUCUCUCGGGAUACGGUGGAAUCCGUGUCAGUAUGCCACGGGAGCAAGCAAGUUGCGGAUCAUAUGCUCCCCUUCAGAGUGGCAGUAAGGCGCCGAGACCUCUCCUGGGACCCCCAAGACUGGACGUGGCCAAAGCAGAAUCACCUGAAGAGGAAGUAUGGCCCGCAGCUGCUGACCACCAAGCACAUCUACAGGUCGCUUCUUCCGGUAGAAGACAUUUGGGAAGAGCUGCGCGAUCGUUGGGCCAAAAGAAAUUGGCUCCCCCCGGCCCGCCUACAACAAUGGACCAGGAAGAAGUGGAGAUAUCAAUGCGCACUAUGGGCAGCGCUUCCGGACCAAAAGCACGCCGGCCUCUUAUGGCUGAUAGCACAUCUGGUCAUUCCAACGACAGAAUGGCAGGCCUCCAAAAGCAAGUAUCAUAACACCGCCUGCAGGGCAGGAUGCAGAUAUGUGGAGACCAUUCCACAUCUCUUUGUACAGUGUCCGACUGUGCAGCCCCUUUGGGAAUGGUGGGCCAAUGAAAUGGCGGCGAGCACUCCGCUGCAGGUCACAGAGGAUGAUGAUACAGGGAUCCUGCUGGGGCCCGUCACGAAGUCAGGGUAUGAAGGCCGGGACCAGCUGUUGGCCGCCGAGAUACUCAGAGCGGAGCUCCUGUGGACCAUUUGGAUCGCACGCAACGAGCGGAUCAGGCAGGGUACGCAGCUCGCCCCCAACAUGCUCAGACGACGGGCUAUGGAGAACAUUCAAGGCGGCGAUUUCUAGCGAUUUGGCACGCUGUAUUAAGACAGCGGCCGAAGGCGAGGCCCGCUUUUGGGCCCGUUGGGCACCCUACG